AUGAUGGAAGCCUCGGAGAACGGAAGCAGUGGGGGCGGCGAUCGAGGGGGCAGCGGUAACAGUGGGGUCCAUACUUCGUCGUACGAGCCGCUGGAAGGGCGCCGUACCUUCGACACAUCCGACAGCCCCGAGCUGGACGGCGGAGGACCUCCGAAGGAUAGGCGGCGGCUGGUGUUCUUCGCCCUCAUGACUGCCGGUGUUGGGUUCGUGCUUCCUUAUAACAGCUUUAUUAUCGCCGCCGACUACUGGCAGUCCCGUUUUCCCGGUCAAUCGGUCGCACUGGAUAUGUCGAUGACUUAUAUCAUCGUUGCACUGGCAACGGUGUUGUUGAAUAAUGUGUUCCUUACGUUGGCUCCAUUCCGGGUUCGCGUAGCGUUCGGCUAUGCCGUAUCCUUCACAACGCUAGUGUUUGUAGCCCUGUGUGAGGUAGCUUGGCACAUGUUCACGGCGAAGACGGCCUACUCGGUUAAUCUAGCGGCCGUGUCGCUCGUCGCCAUGGGAUGCACAAUACAGCAGUCAAGCUUCUACGGGUUUGCCAGCAUGCUUCCGAAGCAAUACACACAGGCGGUAAUGGCAGGCGAAAGUUUGGCAGGAUUUUUAGUCUCUUCCAACCGUGUCGUCACGAAGCUGUUGAUCAAAAGUGACCGUGCGUCGACCGCAAUAUUUUUCCUCACGUCGACCGUUUACAUCGCGUUCAGCUACGUGCUGCACUCGAUCACCACCCACUCGCCGUUCGUGCGGUACUAUAUGAAGGCAUGUGCCAAAAUCGUCCUGCGACCUGACGACGAUCACACCCUGAGUGAAACGCUCGAUGGCGAUAUUUCGAGCGCAAGGUACGGAGUGCUCACCCUGGACUCAAGCCCACCAGUUCACAUGCCGCCGGGCUCAACAGCUUUGAGUUUUAGUAACCCCGUGUAUGAUCUCUCCAAUCCCACGGCUGGAGAAACGGUUCUGGAAACGAACAUGACGAACCUCACCUCGACCACGAGUUCGGUGAACGGUGGAAAUGGUACCGCGGUGGCGCGUCCCGUAACGGCCACCGCCUCCAACUCGGACAUGCCAAAUGUGGCGUUCAAGGUGGAGCACAUCAUGACACCGGACAUUUGCAGCUCGGGACGCUUCGGCAGUUUCCGCAACGGGCUUGAGUCGCGCUGGAAGGUGGCACGCGCCAUCUACCCCUAUAUGGCUUGCAUUGCCAUGGCGUACUGUGUGACGCUGUCGCUGUAUCCGGGCAUCGAGUCGGAGAUUAUCUCGUGCAAUCUUGGCACCUGGAUGCCCGUGCUGCUGAUGUUUACCUUCAACGCAUCGGACGUGGCCGGUAAGCUGCUGGCAGCUGUACCGUACAGCUGGUCCCGCCGGCAGCUCAUCCUGAUGUCCGGACUGCGGGCCCUGCUGGUGCCGCUCAUUCUGCUCUGCUGUUCGCCCCGCGAGCAACCGGUCAUUGCCGGGGAAGCGGCCGCAUUCAUCUUCACCGCGGCACUCGGCGUUACCAACGGGUUGGCUGGCAGUCUCCCGAUGAUGCUGGCGCCGGAUAAGGUGUCCGCAACGUUGCGUGAAGUCACCGGCAACAUGAUGACGCUGUCGUACAACAUCGGGCUUACGGCCGGCUCGCUGGUUGGGUACGUGUUCGAUCGGAUGCUUGGGCCGCAGCUUCCCAAUCCCUGCCCGCAGUAUCCGUUCGUGCCACCGAAGCCGAACCAACCCCCUGCUAUGAACGGCACCAAUCCGUUCUCUAGCCAGCAAACGCUGGUCGGUAGCAGCACAACGACUGCGACGACCGUGGCGACCACGUUGCUCACAACACUGACGGCGGCCGUACUUCGCAGCACCGCUAGCAGCACCGCACCCGAAACGAGCACCAUAUCAUCGCUAACCUCUGCCACUUCUCCAGGGUUGACGACGUUCAAGAAUGGAGUGGACCUGAUCAGCACUGCAACGGCGGCCACAGCCGGUACACCUGCCCAGCAAUCGUACGAUGGGGUCCCACUGGCCACGAUUGCAACCCUUCUGUACAAUGCGACAACUUCCUUGCUAGAGGCGAGUACGUCUUCUCCCGAAUAAAGGUGACUCCAGACUUCCAGGAACCACCCUUUGAACCCUCCUGAAGUUCCGCUUCCUUGGCUAUCUGCUGCUCAUAGUGUAUAAACCUACAUAUAUUGUGAUCUGCUCGGAUAGCUGUCUUUUUUCAAUACAUUGUUUGCUUUCUUGAUCUCAAUUCCGAUCUCGACAGGCUUCUCAAAUCUAACAUGAGAAGCAAUAGCUGCUUAAAACCGCUCCAAACAAUUGAGGUCAUUCCGAGAUGACGACGACGACUUUCUCGGCGGAGUUUGUCAAAACGAAAACAAGGUAAAGAAAAAAAGAGAAAAAAAAUGGUCGGCCGUCUCGAGAAUACGUCGACGUUUAAAAAGACGCCCGACGGGUCGUAGCAAAUCGUCGCGGAUACCUAAACUACGCGGUCUGAGGUGUUGUUUACUGUUUUCGUGGGCUUUUGAGAUGGCAAGUUGAGAAAGCAUCCGCAAUCUCUGAAUAACCUCAAAUGAUAGUCCCAUCCUCACGGUCAUCCCUUAAAAUGGUGGGUUUAUAAAUGCCCGCACGGGUAGAAUUAUGUAGAAUCUCAGUCUGUAAUGGAUCUUUCCGGACCGGGUUAUGGACCGGGUUGUAUCAUAGAAUGGGAAAGAGAAAUCGCUGUGCGAAACAUUUGUGCAUUAGACUAGUUACCAGCCCCGCAUUGUUCUGAUUCAAAUUGUCGCACUUCCGGGCUCGGGCAAUGGCAUAAGCAAUGGAAAAUAAGCAAAGGUUCUCUUGCAUGGACGUGCAGGGAAAUGUAGGGACGAAUUUAGGAAGGGACCUUCAUCCAGUAGUCUAAAAGAACAGGCAAUGAUAAAUUGUACAUUGGUUGACUAUCCGAUGGUCUGUCGGUGCGGAAUCAUUACCAGAUACCAAAGAGAACAGAGAUGGAAGACAAGGAAAACCACAUUUCAUGUUUAAUGCUACUACCUAUUUAUAUUGUAUAUUGGGAGAGAAUGCGAGACAGCGGUGCGUAUGCCUGACAAGAGGAAACAUAAUGAAACAUUCAAAAACAAUUUGUGAAAGAUAAAAAAAAGACCGUGUAAAAUAAAAAGUAAUUACUAAUGUACCAGAGCUGGCUGCGACUGUGUAGUUAACGGGAUC